AUGGCAGUCCUCGGCCAGACAUGGACUCUCACCAAGAAGAACCUGCUCAUUGUAGCCCUUCGCCACCCGCUGUCGACUAUUCUGCGUGCCGUUCUCUUGCCUAUACUGUUUAUGUUCUUUAUUUCUUAUGCUAAGAAUUUCUUUGUCCCGCCCUCGGAAUUCGGAAUCGGCUCCGCUGCGCCCGUCCGCUCGCUCGAGAACGCCCUGAACGCCGCGCAGGGAGGUCGCAACAAGGUCGUCUUCGUGAACAAUGGCUUGACUGGCGGGGAUAUUGAGACGGUGAUCAACUCGAUUGCGGGCACGGUCCGGUCCGCUGGCAGGAAGGUUGCAGUGGUGGAGACCGACAUCGACCUGCUCUCCGAAUGUCCCAGCUCCUUGCGUGGCGUUUCGACAUGCUUUGCGGCCGCGAAUUUCCAUUCCUCCCCCAGCGAGGGCACCGGCGGUAUUUGGAACUACACGCUUAGGGCUGAUGGUGCUCUGGGAGAGCGCAUCUACGUCGAGGAAACGAACAACGAUGCCCAAAUCUAUAUUCUCCCUUUCCAGCACGCCAUUGAUGCCGAGAUCGCCUCUAUUAGCGGCUCUUCGUUGCCAAGCACCGUCAACGAAUAUCCGUUCACCCCCAGGACUGCUCAAGAGCGCCGAGACCAGAUCCGACACUCGUACAUGGGGGCUCUGAUCAACAUUCUGGCCGUGGCCUUCUUCAUUGGAAUAUGCGGGAUCACCUACCAACUGACCGGCCACAUGGCCUCGGAGCGAGAGCUAGGCAUGUCACAACUGAUCGAGGCCAUGACUCCGAACAAGCAUGUCUGGCACACCCAAGUCGCGCGUUUGCUCGCCAACCACCUGGCCUUCGACAUCAUCUACCUCCCGAGUUGGGUCAUCAUGGCCGCCAUCAUGCGCGCGCUCGUGUUCCCCUCGUCCAGCUACGGCCUCCUCAUCAUCUACCACCUCCUGGCCGGCCUGGCGCUCUCCAGCUUCUCCAUCCUGGGCGGCAGUCUCUUCCGCAAGGCGCAGCUCUCGGGCAUCACGGUCGUGCUCGUGUCCAUCAUCCUGGCCAUCGUCGCCCAAGUCACCAAAACCCGCUCCGUCGGCGCCGUCGCCAUCCUCAGCCUGCUCUUCCCGCCGAUGAACUACACGUACUUCAUGAUCCUGCUCGCGCGGUUCGAGCGGAAGGACAGGGCUGCGAAUCUCGUCGAGGGCGCGCCGGACAGCCCGUGGCAGUUGCCCGGCAUCGCUUUCUGGAUCUUUCUGAUCAUCCAGAUCUUCGUCUUCCCGGUCAUCGGCGCUUUUGUGGAGAGGUCGCUUUACGGAACGGCGUCGAAGACGCGCAAGAUGACGCUGGAUUCUGCAGAUGGCCCUCCCGUCUCGAUCAGGCUGACCAACUUCACCAAGCGCUGGCAGCCCAGCUGGUGGCACCGCAAUGUCGCAUGCCGGCUCGGUGCUGCGCGCAAGGAGACGGUGCUGGCGGUCAAUGACUUGAGCCUUUCGGCGCUGAGAGGUCAGAUCAUGGUUCUCCUGGGCGCUAACGGGUCUGGAAAGAGUACCACCUUGGAUGCUAUCUCCGGUCUCAACACCAUCUCGAGCGGAUCCAUCGAGGUCGACGGCAACGGCGGCUUGGGUCUUUGCCCUCAGAAGAACGUCAUGUGGGACGAGCUGACCGUAUUUGAGCACGUGAAGAUUUUCAACAGUCUCAAGGCUUCCAAGAAGGACACCAAGGAGCAGAUUACCGAGCUGAUCCGCUCUUGCGACCUGGAUAUCAAAGUGAACGCCAAGGCAGGGACGCUCUCCGGAGGUCAGAAGCGCAAGCUACAGCUCGCCAUGAUGUUUACGGGUGGAAGUCGUGUCUGCUGCGUGGACGAGGUUAGCUCCGGUAUCGAUCCGCUCUCGCGUAGGAAGAUCUGGGAUAUUCUACUGGCCGAACGUGGAGCUCGCACCAUGCUAUUGACGACGCAUUUCCUGGACGAAGCGGACUUCCUUUCGGACUUCAUCGUGGUGCUGUCUCGGGGUAAUCUCAAGGCUGAAGGUACUGCAGUGGAGCUCAAGCACAACUUGGGCGGCGGAUACCGCAUCGUUCUCGAUAACGCUCUUGUUCAGUAUGCGCCGAAUGCGCUGCAGAGCGUUCCACGCAAGGUUCUGUUCGAUAAGACUGUCUACCAGGUUGCGGAUUCAGCUCAGGCCAGUGUCUUGACGGCCGCGCUCGAGCGGGAGGGCAUCACGCAAUAUCAAGUCAACGGCCCCACUAUCGAAGAUGUUUUCCUGAGGCUGGCAGAGGAGAUUCACGAGCAGUCUUCGGGCCCGGAAACUAUUGUUCAGGGUGCCAACACCAAGACGCUAGAGAGUAUUGAUCCUAGCAAGGCGGCUUCAGACUCGGAAUAUGCCUCUGAGGUGAAGACGGAAAAGGGACAGCUGGAGAUGACGACUGGAAAAGGGACAGGCUUCGUCAAGCAGACUUGGGUGCUGUUCAUCAAGCGCCUCAUCAUUCUCCGCCGCAACUGGUUGCCCUAUCUUGUGGCAGUUCUUAUUCCAAUCGUUGCCGCUGGACUGGUCACCUUGUUCCUUCAAGGAUUUGAGGGCGCAUCUUGCAGUCCUGGCGCUUCAACGAACAACCCGAAGUCGGCGAAUUUUGACCAGUCAGAGGUCAUUGAAGAUGGCCUUCUCAUCCCCGUCGGCCCUGCGACUGCCGUUUCACCCCGUCUUCUGGCCGCUGCUUUCGGAAUCGAUGCAAGCAACUUCCAUCUGGUGAACAGUCUGGACGAGUUUAAUACCUACGUUGCGGAUAACUAUGCAAAUGUCACGCCAGGUGGAUUCUAUCUCGAGCCCAACGCUGCGCCGACAUAUGCUUACGUCGCCGACAACUAUCAAAUCUACUGGUCACUUCUCACUCAGAACAUCUUGGAUACCCUUCUUGCGAACACUUCGAUAGUCACGUCUUUCCAGUCGUUUGCAGUUCCAUACUCGCCAGGUGCUGGAGACACAUUGCAGCUUAUCCUCUACUUUGGCUUGGCCAUGUGCGCCUUCACUGGCUUCUUUGCUCUCUAUCCGACCAUGGAACGGAUCCGCAAAGUGAGAGCUUUGCACUACAGCAAUGGUAUUCGGGCUGCUCCGUUGUGGAUCGCGUACACGAUGUUCGACUUCCUGUUCGUUCUCCUCGUCUCGGCGCUCGUGACGAUUAUCUUCGUUGGCGCGUCUGGCGUCUGGUAUUCCCCGGGCUACCUGUUCGUUGUCUUCUUCUUGUACGGAUUUACUUCGAUCCUGCUGAGUUAUGUCGUGUCCCUCUUCGUCACUUCGCAACUCGCCGCUUUCGCCUUCAUGGCAGGCGGGCAGGCUGUGUUCUUCCUUCUCUACUUCAUUGCAUAUAUGAGCAUUCUCACGUACAGUCAAGCGGCCUAUAUCGACCGCGACAUCAAGACGGCACACUUCACCAUCGGCAUCAUCACUCCCUCAGGCAACCUUCUCCGCGCUCUACUCCUGUCACUCAACUCAUUCUCGCUCCUUUGCCGCGGCGAUUCAAUCGCCUCGUAUCCUGGCGAGAUCACAGUGUACGGCGGCCCAAUCCUAUACCUCAUCAUCCAGGCCGCCGUGCUCUUCGUCAUCCUCGUGUGGUGGGACAGCGGCUACAAACCGGGCUUCCUGAUGCGCUCAACCCACAAGCAUAAGCACGUCGAGGAGACGGAAGCGCGCGGCGCAGAUGUCACGGCAGAGAUUACGCGCACCGAGCAGUCGGACGACCGGCUGCGCGUCCUACACCUGACCAAGCACUUCGGCAAGAACACAGCCGUCGACGACAUCACCUUUGGCAUCCCGUCAGGUGAAGUCUUCGCCCUCCUCGGCCCCAACGGCGCCGGCAAAUCGACCACCAUCUCCCUCAUCCGCGGCGACGAGCGCCCCUCCCAGCCCGCCGACGGCAGCCGCCGCGGCGACGUCCUCGUCGAAGGCAUCAGCAUCACGCAGCGCCGCGCCGCCGCGCGCGGCUUCCUCGGCGUGUGCCCGCAGUUCGACGCCAUGGACCAGAUGACGGUGCUCGAGCACCUGCGCUUCUACGCGCGCGCCCGCGGCGUGCCGGACGUCGAGCAGAACGUCGCGGCCGUCGUGUCCGCCGUCGGCCUCGCACUGUUCCAACACCGCAUGGCCGCAAAGCUCUCGGGCGGCAACAAGCGCAAGCUCUCCCUCGCCAUCGCCCUCAUGGGCAACCCGUCCGCCCUCCUCCUCGACGAACCUUCGUCCGGCAUGGACGCGGCUGCUAAGCGCGUCAUGUGGCGCACGCUCGGCGCGGUGGCGGCUGGCCGCGCGCUGUUGAUCACGACGCAUAGUAUGGAAGAGGCGGAUGCGUUGGCGACGCGGGCGGGCAUCAUGGCGCGCCGCAUGUUGGCGGUUGGCACUGGGGAGGAGCUGCGCCAGCGCUUUGGCGAUGGCUGGGUCGUGCAGGUCGUGUUGGCAUCGGCGCCGGCGUCGGCCCAAGAGGAGAUGGAUGCUGUUUGGAAGUGGGUCGAGGCGAAUGUGCCCGGCGCGGUGCUCGAUCCGAGGGUUGCGCAUGGGCAGGUUAGGUUUACGGCGCCGUGGUCGAGGGGUGGGGAGGUGGUGGCUGAGGAUGGGAAGGAGGAGGGGAAGAGUGGUGCGGGUAGCAUGGGGAUUGCGGAGCUGUUUGAGAAGUUGGAGAGGAGUAAGGCGCUGUUGGGCAUCGCGUAUUACUCGGUCGGCCGCACGACGUUGGAUCAGGUUUUCUUGAGUAUUGUGGGGAGGCAUGAUGUUAAGGAGGAGAGUUAG